AUGUCCGGCUCGGAAAAGAGAGAUGAAAGCGUCCCGCCGACCGGGCGCGAGGAGAGGUCAGCUUCGCCCAGUACGAAGCGGGCAGCGCCCGAGGCGGAGCAGGACGUCGAGAUGAAUCUGGGGUCGACCGACAAGGAUGGGGAGCCAGCUGCUGCCGCCCACAGCCAACCCGAUCCGAUGGAUACGACAGGCUCAGAGGAAGAUUCCACGGGCAACGACGCCAACUCGUCAUCCGACACCGCGUACCAGACGCCAUCCAGCAUGUCCACCUACACUGCCCCUGUGGCCGGUACACAGGAGAAUACCAAGACCGAGCCCUCAGUCUCGCCCGACGAGCGCCCUUCCUACGAUGACCAGGUCGCCAAAGUAAUGUGUAUGAUGAUGCAGCCGCUGAAGGAAGACCAGAAGGGAUACGUUGUCUCCAUGUCGUGGCUGAAGCGAGUUCUCGCCCGCAGCGCUACCCAUGCGGACAAGGCCGAUAAGAGUGCCGCGGAGGGGGAGGUCGGUCCGGUCGACAAUUCCGACCUUGUCCUUGUCACCGACCCUAUCAACACCGGCUUCAGGGAUGAGCGCGACCAACCCUUUAUCCCCCUACGCCCGGGCUUAGAGAUGAGUGAAGACUUUGAGGUUGUGCCUGAAGAAGGCUGGGAUCUCGUCAUGCAGUGGUACGGCCUAGCGGACCAGUCACCGGCCAUCGUUCGCUACGCCCACAACACCAAUGCCUCCGGCGAUAGCGUAAAUAUCCAGUACGAAAUCAACCCUCCUGUCUUUACUGUCCUCAAACUCGCCAACCCGUCUACGGGGGCUACUGCCAGUCAGGAGUCUCCUGCCAAGACCCUUGCCAGUCGGCAUACCAACUACCAAAAAUGGCUGCGAAAAGCAAAGCAGCUGGCUCGCAUUGAUAACUCGACCAGGGUUCGCGUUUGGAGAAUCUUGGGCGGGUUGAACAGCACCACUGCGUCCGCCGCUAUUACCCCGGCCGCGUCUCGCAGCGCCUCUCCUGCGCCAUUCUCACCCCUUGUCUCCAACACUGGCCACAGUCUUUCUCUCGACGUCAACACCUUCCUUGCCCUUUCCGAGGGCUCUCAAAGGGAGCUGCUAGCGGCCAAGGAUCAAACAGCCAACCCCAACUAUAAUGGCAAGAUGACAAUCGAUCUUGCAGGCUUAGGCGACAACAGCAUUGUCGUUCUUGAAGAACGCGUCACCGGGCACGGUAGCGGUGUGGAAUGGGUAUCCGAUCUUGCGACGAGCUCAAACCGUCUCGGUGUGCCCUCCGGCGCAAAGGCUAACCUACCCUCUAAAAUUAAAACCAAGAGCCCGACGACGAGCGGUCGGUCGUCCCCCGUCCUCGAGCCUGUUCGGAGAGGGCGCAAGGACGGCAAGCCUCGCGGUAAUACCGGUCUCAGCAACCUAGGAAACACUUGCUACAUGAAUUCUGCGUUGCAAUGUGUUCGCAGUGUGGAGGAGCUGACCUACUAUUUCCUGAGUGAGUAG